CUAUCUUCGGGCUGACAAUGUUGACCACAGAUCCGGGUCCGCAGGAUGGAGCCUGGGGAGAGCUCGUUCCUUUGCUCUUGGGCCUUAGCACCGCUUUCUACCUGGGCUACUACUGGGCAUGUGUGCCCCAGAAGCCUCGGCUAGUGGCUGGGCCCCAGUUCCAGGCCUUCCUGAAGCAGCACUGCCCUAUUAUCGCAGAAACAUUCUACCCUACAUUCUGGUGUUUCGAAGGGAGGCUUCAAACCAUCCUCCGAGUCUUUGUGCAGUCUCGGCCUCCUGUCUCUUACUGGAGUGAGGUACUCCAGACACCCGAUGGGGGACAGCUCCUGUUAGAUUGGGCCAAAGAACCUGAGAAUAGCCAAUAUCCUAACCCUGUCAACCGGCCCACUGUGUUACUGCUCCCAGGCAUCACAGGCAGCAGCCAGGAAACCUAUAUCCUCCACCUAGUAUACCAGGCCACUCUAGACGGCUACAGGACUGUUGUGUUUAAUAACCGGGGCUGCCGUGGGGAAGAACUGCUGACCCACAGGGCCUUUUGCGCUGGUAACACAGAGGACCUGGAGGUAGUUGUGAAUCACAUAAAGCACCAGUAUCCACAAUCCCCACUGCUGGCUGUAGGAAUCUCACUAGGAGGGGUCCUGGUGCUGAACCAUCUGGCGCACACAGGUAAUGCAGCAGGGCUGGUGGCAGCACUGACCCUGUCUGCAUGCUGGGACUCCUUUGAAACCACACGCUCUUUAGAGACACCACUCAAUGCACUGCUCUUCAACCAGCACCUCACAGCUGCACUCUGCCGAUUUGUGGGACGACACAGGAAAGCAAUCGAAGAGAAACUGGAUGUGGACUAUGUGCUUAAGGCCCGAACAAUCCGACAGUUUGAUGAGCGAUAUACCACACUGGCCUUUGGUUAUAAAGACUGUGAUACCUACUACCAUUCAGCAAGCCCUGGAGCCAAGGUGGAAGCAAUCUGCAUCCCUGUGCUCUGUCUCAAUGCAGCAGAUGACCCAUUCUCCCCACCUCAAGCUUUCCCACUACAGGCUGCUACACACUUGCCAAAUGUUGCACUGCUGAUUACAUCCCGGGGUGGCCACAUCGGCUUCUUGGAGGGGCUGAUCCCAUGGCAGUACUGUUACAUGAGCCGCCUCUUUCACCAGUAUGCUGCUGCUGUCUUCCAGCAUGCAGAGGAACUGCAGGCCGUCAGCAAAACCCUACCUUCCGAGGAAGGCCAAGGGCUGACAAGACUCCUAGGAGAAGAGCCAUAGAUCUCAGCUCAGCUUCC